CCCAAGCCGGCGAAACGCUCCCGAGCCGCCUUCUCCCACACCCAGGUCAUCGAACUGGAGAGGAAAUUCAGCCACCAGAAAUACCUGUCGGCUCCAGAGCGAGCUCACCUGGCCAAAAACCUGCAGCUCACCGAGACCCAGGUGAAAAUCUGGUUCCAGAACAGGAGGUAUAAAACCAAGAGGAAACAGGUCGCCUCCGAAAUCAGCAAACUGGACGCUCAGAUGGUGGGGCAGAAAGGGGCAGAGCUCCCUGGGGCAUCCCUGCUCUCGCUGCGGGGCAACUGGCAGUACCUGCCCUGCCUCUACUACUUGAAUAGCUGGAGUGCUUCGUGGUGGUGA